CUGAGAGCUUGUUCUGAGUCCAGCUUUAGAUUCCAUCCUCUUCGCCUCAUCUUCAGACUGGAGUGAUUAAUAACUGGUCAAGAUGGAAGCUUCGAGCUGCCGAGGCCGGUUUAAACCGUUAUCGAUACUCGGAUAAUCCAACAGCCGCCACCGAAAAAUUCACUCGUUGCGCGAUUCAAGGCCCGGUCGGCCGCAACCUUUUACGGCGACCUCACAUUUUUCAAAUCCAAACCUCGCCGUCAUCAGCCUCGUCCUCGAGCCCUUGCACUCCCCCUCCAUUACAGCUUUAAUACACAUAAUCAGUCAUGGAUCACGGACGAGACCCUUGCCCUUGGGUCAUUCUUAAUGACUUUGGUGGUGCCUUUUGUAUGGGCGCUAUCGGUGGUACUAUCUGGCAUGGAAUCAAGGGCUUCCGCAACUCUCCCUAUGGCGAGCGACGCAUUGGCGCCAUCACAGCCAUCAAGAUGCGCGCCCCGGUUCUCGGUGGUAACUUUGGUGUCUGGGGUGGUCUCUUCUCAACAUUCGACUGCGCUGUGAAGGGUGUUCGCCAGAAGGAGGAUCCCUACAACGCUAUUAUUGCUGGUUUCUUCACUGGUGGCUCUCUCGCCAUCCGAGGUGGUUACAAGGCCGCCCGAAACGGUGCCAUCGGUUGUGCUGUUCUUCUUGCCGUCAUCGAGGGUGUCGGUAUUGGUUUCUCCAAGAUGCUUGCUGGUAGCACCAAGCUAGAAGCUCCUCAGCCUCCACCUCAGGAGGCUACUCUGUGAGCCAGCAUCUGACGAAAUGAAAUACUAUGAUCCAUAAACGACGAUCGAACAACCUUCGACUCCUCCACUCUCAACUCCACCACGACGACCAACAAAUUCUCCGGGCCGGGCUUUUGAAGAGCCAUGCCUCUUGUAUUUUAAGCACCAAUAUCACCAUCACCACGAACAAAAAUCUGGCAGACGUUUUAAUCCUUUCAAUUCGCAUCGGGUCGGCGUUCCAUGUAUAAUAGAACAAGAUAUCGGAAGGGUUUCGGGAAGGUGGAAUCUGGUUUAGCGAUGGAGUUGCCAUACUUCUUGCGAAUACAGACUAACUUAUGUCUGAUGAGGGAAAAGAGAGCGAAUGUGCAUUAUACCAAGCGAUGGAGAGAAACUUGGGAGUGCACGUGGACUGGCAGGUCCAAGAGAUAUAGGAAAGGGAAAUUCCUGCUGCUGAUGCUUAUGCUACGUUUGUUUAUCGCGGAUUGGGUACAGAACGAAUAUAAAUGACAUUCCUGUUCCACUCUAUGGUCAUUCGUAUUGCUUUCGCUUGUCUAUAGGUCGUCCGACGGCUCAUUGCUAAAGAUACUCAUUUGGGGGUUUCCCUCGUCAUCAAUCCAGGCUCGAAACAUGCCUCCACAGUUGAAAUCCAUUAGGAUUUCAGACCGAGUCUCAAUGACUUGACCAUGCGAAUCACGAACGACAACACUCUCGAUGCCAAUGAUGCCGCCUUCACCCUCACCUGUCCGGCGCCAUCUAUCGCCCGCACUUCUUUGCAGCUCUCCGCCUGGGCCUGCAAUAUGGGUCACAGCCUUGGAACCUGACUCUGGUUUCCACCUCGCCAUAGCUGUAAGGGUUCGUAGCGCAUUUGUCCUCAGAAAGGAAUCGCCGUUGCCAGUUC